CCAGCCAGCAGCAGCCAGUUUGUAGUCAGUCAGACGGACAAAGCAGCAACGAAACUCCGCUUGCGUCAGUCACUCAGUCUUCGGCCGACGUCCGAACAGAAAGCACCGCCGUCGUCGCCGGUCCGCGAUCUCUUCUCCGUCGCACCACGAAAUUCGCGUUUCGGAUCCUCAAGAAAGUGAACGUUCGACACCCGCGUGCAAUAUGUGUGCCUCCAUUGGAUUUAACUUCAGGUCCUGAACCUCUUGGACAGCAUCAUCUACAACAACACUCGUUAACCACGACAAUCGAACUAGGAAUUUACCAAACGAAAUAUGAGGAUUAAGCAUUACCCCGGAAAGGCCGUGCAGAACGAUGAUCCGGCCUGGCUGGAGAUGGACGUGCCUACGAGCACCAGGGACAGACUGUACGAGGCCAACUGGAAUGAAGCGGGGAAUUCGGCGCCGCAGGCACCGGGAAGCGUUAAGGCCGCCUCCAAGCUGGGCCAGUACCAGACCUUGCUGGAGGAGAUGACCGGACAGCCAUCGUCAGACCGACUAGAAAUCUCGAAGAACGGAAGCGUGCGAGGCGGCGCCAAGUAUCAUUCCGAUCGUUGUCUGGCGCGCAUCAACUCCAAGACGCGGCACGACUUCCAGGAGGGAGUGCACGCCCUGUUCCAGCCUAGAUUCAAGAUCGGCAGGAACGUGGUGAUCACGCAAGAGCACGCGAAGAAGUCGGUGCGAUUCAACGACAAGAGCGUGGAGAUCGGAGAUCCGCCUCCGUGGCUCGACGAGCCCGAGGAUCCGGAGAGGAUCAGCCAGUGGAUCGACGAGCAGAACGAGUACAUCCUGAGCUCCACCAGGCUGACGCGCAACGACAGCGGUUACUACGAGCACAGCAAAAAGAUCAGGCAGCGACUUCCGCCGAAGAACAUCUGCCGCAGUUCUCCAGAUCUGUCAGCGUCCGGUAGUCUGGACUCGCUGGAAGAGUUCCAGAAUCGCAAGAGCGACUCCUUCACCUCCAACUCGAGCUACAACGAUGACGACCAACGGCACGGUUUCGAUCUGUACAAGAACGGUCGCACCAGCCCCAUAAAGAACAAGGCGGCCGUCAAGGGCGACGACUUCCUCAUACCCAGACCGAAGCUCGUCGUCCCCGUGCACUCGUACGGCGUGCGAAAACGCAGGACGGGCAACCUGACAAACGCCCAAAGUGAUAAUUGUGAUAGCAUUUGUGAUAACUCGAUUUCUGAGGGUCGCGUGGAAGUGUCUCGAGAGAACAAAUAUCUGAGCACUUUAGCACCGGGCAAGGUCCUCGGGGAGUUGGCCAUCCUCUACAACUGCAAGAGGACGGCCACCAUCAAGGCGGCCACCGACUGCAAACUAUGGGCCAUCGAGAGACCAUGCUUCCAGACGAUCAUGAUGAGGACCGGUCUGAUCAGACAGGCCGAAUACACGGACUUCCUGAAGAGUGUGCCGCUUUUCAAGAAUUUACCAGGAGAUACUCUGAUCAAAAUAUCGGAUGUGCUGGAGGAGGUGUCGUACUCGAAUGGAGAGUACAUCAUAAGGCAGGGCGCCCGCGGAGACACGUUCUUCAUCAUCAGCAAGGGCCUGGUGAAGGUGACCAUGAAGCAGCCGAACUCGACGGAGGAGAAGUUCAUCCGGACGCUGAAGAAGGGCGACUUCUUCGGAGAGAAGGCGCUACAAGGAGACGAUCUUCGAACGGCGAACAUAAUUUGCGACGAUCCGGAGGGUUCCACCUGCCUGGUGAUUGACCGCGAGACCUUCAACCAGCUGAUAUCCAAUUUGGACGAGAUCAGGACUAAAUACAAGGACGAAUCCGCCGACAGGCGAAGGAUAAAUCAAGAAUUCGAGGCGGUGAAGCUGUCGGAUCUGCGAAUAUUGAAGACACUUGGCGUCGGUGGUUUCGGUCGGGUGGAGCUCGUGCAGAUCCACGGCGACGGGAACAGGUCGUUCGCGCUGAAGCAGAUGAAGAAGGCGCAGAUCGUGGAGACCAGGCAGCAGCAGCACAUCAUGUCCGAGAAGGAGAUCAUGGGCGACGCGAACUGCGAGUUCAUCGUGAAGCUCUUCAAGACGUUCAAGGACAAGAAGUAUUUGUACAUGCUGAUGGAGAGCUGCCUGGGCGGAGAGCUGUGGACCGUUCUCAGGGACAAGGGACACUUCGACGACGGCACGACGCGCUUCUACACGGCCUGCGUGGUCGAAGCCUUCGACUAUCUGCAUUCGCGCAACAUCAUCUACAGGGAUCUGAAGCCCGAGAACCUGCUGCUCGACGUGCAAGGGUACGUCAAGCUGGUGGACUUUGGGUUCGCGAAGAAGCUGCAGAGCGGCCGCAAAACGUGGACGUUCUGCGGGACGCCCGAAUACGUGGCGCCCGAGGUCAUCCUGAACAAGGGCCACGACAUCGGCGCCGACUACUGGUCGCUCGGUGUCCUCAUGUUCGAGCUGCUCACCGGGACGCCGCCCUUCACCGGCGCCGAUCCCAUGAAGACCUACAACAUCAUCCUCAAGGGGAUCGACGCCAUCGAGUUCCCGAGGAACAUCACCAGGAACGCGAUGGCUCUGAUCAAGAAACUCUGCAGGGACAAUCCGGCCGAGAGGCUCGGAUACCAGAAGGGCGGCAUCAGCGAGAUCCAGAAGCACAAAUGGUUCGACGGUUUCAACUGGGAGGGUCUGUGCAACAGAACUCUGGAUCCGCCGAUCUGUCCGCAAGUGCAGCACGUGACGGACACCUCGAACUUCGACGAGUAUCCGCCAGAUAACGACGGACCACCGCCAGACGACGUUUCCGGUUGGGACGCGGACUUUUAAUUGCGUACUCGCACCAGAAAUACGCGGUGCGCGCGGACGAAACAAACAAAAUGAUGAUUACGGAG